AGAAGUAAUUGGGUAAUGACUUAUGAUGUCAUGAAUAUGAUAUUCAUAAAAAAGAUCACACAGAUACGAAUUUCGCAGCAAUACACGUAUCACUGCGUUGUUAUUGUUUCUGCUGCUGGGCACCGCAAGAUUAAUUAACACUGCAUUAUGCUUUAGGGCCCUGCACUGCAUCAACAAAUUUGAAGUGGAUUGUUUCAAUUUCUUCUUGCACGAACGUAGCGAUGCGCGGCGGCGGCGGCGGCGGCUGGGCCGUGCUGGUCGUGCUGGCGGGCGUGGCGGCCGUGACCGCCGUGGAGUACACCAACCAAUUCGCCGUGGUGGUGGCCGGCGGUCGGGAGCGCGCCGCACGGGCCGCCGCCAAACACGGCUGCUCCCUGGUCGACUCGAUCGGCGACCUGACGGACCACUACCUGUUUGAGUGUCACACGGUGCACAAACGCUCCACACAGCACUCCCAGCACCACACCGACCGGCUCCGGGAGACAGACGAGAUACUAUGGGCGGAUCAGCAGUACUACAAAACGCGCCGGAAGCGGGACGGCGCCGGUGACAGCGGCGGGCUGACUGAGGAGCUGCUGAACGAAAUCUCAGACUCGGGGCCGUCCGCUGCCGGGCCGCUGCGGCGCGCCACCCUGAAGGAGGACCCUCCGCCGGCGCCGCAGGAGCCGCCGCCUCAGACGGAGUUCCGGCGCAGCACGGCGGCCGACUACUGGCCCGACCCGCUGUUCAAGGAACAGUGGUACCUGAACGGCGGCGCCCGGGACGGCAGCGACAUGAACGUGCUGCCCGCCUGGCAGCAGGGCUACCGCGGCCAGGGCGUGGUCGUCUCCAUCCUGGACGACGGCAUCCAGCCCAACCACCCGGACCUGGCCGCAAACUACGACGGCAGGGCGUCCCUCGACAUCAACGACGACGACGACGACCCGACACCGCGCGACGACGGCUUCAACCGGCACGGCACGCGCUGCGCCGGCGAGGUGGCCGCCAUCGCCGGCAACCAGUACUGCGGCGUCGGAGUGGCGCCCAACGCUAGCAUCGGAGGAGUGCGCAUGCUGGACGGCGGGGUGAACGACUACGUGGAGGCCAAGGCGCUCAGCUACCGCAGGAACUACAUCGACGUCUACAGUGCCAGCUGGGGGCCCGAGGACGACGGCAAGACGGUGGACGGGCCCGGCCCGCUGGCACGGCGCGCCUUCAUCGAGGGCGUGCUGAAGGGCCGCGGCGGCAAGGGCUCCAUCUUCGUCUGGGCCUCCGGUAACGGCGGCCGCUACGUGGACAACUGCAACUGUGACGGCUACACCAACAGCAUCUUCACGCUGUCCAUCUCCUCGGCCACGCAGGGCGGGAAGAAGCCGUGGUACCUGGAGGAGUGUGCUUCCACCCUGGCUACCACCUACAGCUCCGGUCUGCCGUCCCAGGACAAAUCGAUCGCCACCUGCGACCAGGACGCCGCCCUCCGACCCAAACACAUCUGCACAGUGUCACACACAGGUACCUCGGCGUCGGCUCCGCUGGCCGCCGGUAUCAUCGCUCUGACACUGGGAGCCAACCCCAACCUGACCUGGCGGGACAUGCAGUAUAUCACGCUGAUGACGUCUCGGCCGGAGCCACUGGCGCACGAGCUCGGCUGGCUCACCAACGGUGUCGGACGGAAGGUGAGCCACAAGUUCGGGUACGGCCUGAUGGACGCUGGAGCCAUGGUGGACCUGGCCCGGCGGUGGCACACUGUGCCCACACAGCACAUCUGUAUCACCCCCCUGGACAGCCGCACUCGGCGAAUCCCAGCCGAGGAGGGCGGCGAGUUGCACACCUCGAUGGAGGUGAACGCGUGCCAGGGCUCGCCGCAGUCGGUCAACUUCCUCGAGCACGUGCAGUGCAAGGUGACGCUGACACACGUGCCGCGCGGCGGCCUGCGCAUCCUGCUCAGCUCUCCGUCCGGCACUGUCAGCACACUGCUGUUCGAGCGGCCGCAGGACGUGCUGGGAAGCAGCUUCGACCGCUGGCCCUUCAUGUCGGUGCACUUCUGGGGCGAGCGGCCCGAGGGCGUCUGGAACCUAACGGUGGUCAACACCAAGGCGGCAGCGUCGGCGGGCACCUCCAGUUCGGACAGCGUGCUCAAGGAGUGGCAGUUGAUCCUGUACGGCACCGAGCAGGAGCCCGUCCACUUGACACCGGCCGAACAGGGUACCGGCAGUAACGGCGGCGCCGGCCACGCUGCCGUGGUCAGUCGCAGCGAGGACUCGUCACCGGGCGUGUACUGCAGCCGCAGCUGCGUACUGGCCUGUCAAAGUCAGCCCGCAGCCGAUAUGUGUAAACGGUGCCGCGACCACUACAAGAGCCCGUGUCAGCGCUGGUGCGACCCCGGCACGUACUACGGCGGCGAGGCGGGCUGUCAGCCGUGCCACGCCACGUGCGCCACGUGCCUGGGCCGGCUGGCCAACCAGUGCAUGGACUGCGCGGCCGGCCACUACCUGAUCGCCGAUCUGAGCGUGUGCGUGCCCGCCUGUCCGGACGGCUACUUCACAGCGAACGAGACGUGUCAGUCGUGCGGCCCGCACUGCACGGCCUGUGACGGCUCUGCCAACCACUGUGUCAGCUGCGCGCCGCACCUGUUCCUACACAACAGCCAGUGUGUGGCCUCGUGUCCGGCCGGCACCUAUCGGCUCCAGCAGAGGUGUGAGCGUUGCGCCGACGGUUGUAUGACGUGCAUCGGUCCGAACGACAACAACUGCGUGCUGUGUCGCCGGGGCCUGUUCCACUUCAACGGACAGUGCGUCAACUCCUGCCCGCCAGGUAGGCAGUGCGGCCGGCCAUGACACGCCCGGCCGCGCCGCGCACGCCUAGAGACGCGCAUGCAGUGUCCGCCGGCCGGCCCGAGCCCGCCUGGCCGGCCGGCCGCCGAGGCAGUUUGGUUUGCGCUGACCGGUGGCUUACCUGAGUUUGCAUGGAGUGCCGGAACGUGGGGACCAGCGGCUGUGUGGCUGUGAGGCAGCUGCUGAGUAGCUGUGAGGCAGCUGCUGAGUGGCUGAGGCAGCUGCGGAGUGGCUGAGGCAGCUGCUGAGCGGCCAGGAUGCCGGGGUGGGGCUGGGAGUUGUGCUGAGCCGAGCCGAGAUGCUUACUCGGCUCUGCGCUGCGGGUGAAGAGUCAGGAUGUACUGAAGAGGGCUCGAACCCGACGUGUUCGAAACACUGCCGGCGACUGGAGUCGUUCAGGUUCCAAGUGAUUUUACAGAUCCGAUCCGCAAUAUUUUAAGAGAUUAGCAAUAUUUUAGAAAUAAUUAUACGAGCGGUGUUUGGCGCUGCGGGACAGUCGGUGGCGGAUGGGAUGCGAUGGGGUGGCGGGCGGGCUGCGGUGGGGUGACGGGCGGGGUGCGGUGGGUGCCGCCGAUCGGUGGGUUCACGGGGACGGGAUCUCGUUGGGUGGAGGGGGGAGAGGUGGCGUGAGGGCCCGUCAGCGGCCUGGGCCGUCCGCUCCGGUUAAUGCUCUAGUCUGGCGGACUGUUGACAGGGGCUGAGCCCUCGUUACUGUUGUACCUGACCGUCUGUGAUAUGCUGAGCCGGUCGGAUCACCAGCUGCCGUGCGGCUGCCGGCGCAGCGCGGAAAUUGUUGUGCGGUUCGGCGGUGUCCAAAUGUCAGCACAGUGUAGUGUUUGAUCAAUAAAUGCCGAGUUGGUGGAA